CAUUGCAUCAAUCUUCCAGGCAGCAGCAAGUGCGUUCGUCCAUGCAACCAACAUGCAACAAGUCCAGCCAGUCAGCCAAAGAGUGAGUCCCCUAAACCCACACACAUUCCUAUGCACAUACAGACAGACUGACAGACCGACAGGCCCACAAGAACACACCUAUUUCCUCGCCAAUAGAUAGAGCACAGCCCGCCCGAAUCACCACACGGUGAUGGUGCUCGAUCCGCACCACGGGCAUGUGCUGGGCGUGCACACCAGGUUGGCCCAGAAUGGACGCCCGUGGCUGGCGGGGGAGAAGAACCGGCAGCAGAGGGCACAGUACUCGGGGAGCACUUCCGUCGACAGGGGCAUCAGGGUGAGGGCGCAUAGGGGGGCCUGCCGGCGGCCUCCCUCAAACACGAUGCUGUCGAAUGCCCACGACGUGACGCCUGCUGACUUGUUGAACUCACACACGUGCUUCUGCGGCACACAGAACUGACCACGCACGCACACAUAUAGCAAACACAGACACACAUACAGAGGUCAGGAGGGGUGACUGCAUUGUGGUGGUGGUGGGUGGUGAGCUACCUUGUGUUGUAGUGCGUGUUCGAUCCUGGCGAUGCUCUCCUCCUCUGCGGCUGACAACUGACAGGAGGACCUGAACGGCCUAAUGAAGUCAUGGUACACACACCACCAGUACGCCAGCAGCAUGUGACGCAGCAACUCUGACAUACACCACCAACAGGACACACACACAGAGAGAUGGAGGAUAUAAAUGCACUGCCCCUGCGCAUGCAAGCAUACCUUUGUCUUCGGCCUCGUCCUUUGGGUCGUCUCGGUAGCCGGCAAAGUGCUCCCGCCGCUGACGGGCCAUCGGCACCACCACACACCGAAGUGCAUUGAGACACUGCAGCGCCGACACUCGGUGAGCCGGCUGCUGGGCGAUGGCUGCAGCGGCAGAAAGGUGCUGCAGGUGGCCGCGCAGACGAGUUAGCAGCUGCUGCACGGGGGCGAACGAGGGCGACGCACGUGGUGAUGGACUGGACUCACCGGGCUCCUUCUUGACAACUGCUGCUGCUGCUGCCGGCUGACCUUCAUCGGUCAUCUCAACAUCCAUGAGAGCGACCAUCGGCUGUGGCGGUUCUGUUGUGGCGUCGAGGGCCUUGAUGGUCGACACCAGCGAGUUGGGCCCCGACAGUCGGUCGAUCUCGCACAGGAAACACGUCAGGAAGGCCCCGUAGUCGGACAGCACGUUCACAUCUUCCCCGAGACACUGAGUCGCCGGGCCGAUAGAGCGGUAGGCGUCGUCCGUGCUCUCUUUGCCGGGGUCGCAAAAGGCGUUGGUGGUCUGGGGGAUGUCGGGAAUGGCCUGCGGGACGGCGCAGAGAUCGGCGGCUUCGUGGGGCCGGGAGAGAUCGAUCCCGCCAAGUGAGUCGAAGAGGGCCGACUCCAGCACGCGGCCGCCUUUGUCGCUGCCCUCCCAUGUGAGCUGAGAUGGGUCAGUGUUGUCAGCAGCAGUGGAGUGCCGUUUCUGCGCCAGUAGCCGCUUGACACGUCUGCCGAGGUGUCUCUUGCGCAGCGCCAUGUCGCUGUGCUUCCUCUCCUCUGUCGCACCAUCGCUGGCGCCACUAUCGCUGUGCGCCAAGACUUCAUCGUCGGCCUCCCACCACUCCCUUUCCCUCUCCCUCUCCCUCUCCUUCUUGACAUUGGGCCGCAGACCAAACCCAAAGGCGCCCAUCACUUCGUCGCCCUCCCUCCUCGGCGGUGCCAGUAUUGCGGACAGGAGGGGCCCGUUGACGGCCAGGUACAUGUCCCAGAGGGAACAGGAGCCGCUGCUGCAUGCCAGCUGCUGAUGGGUGGACCGCAUGGACGAGGUUGUGCUGGUGGUGGUGGUGGUGGUUGGCCACACGAACCCGUUGGCAAGGCCGAGAGUGUGCGCCAUUCGGUGCAUGGCGACGCACACCGGUGUGUGUGGUACGAGUGAGGUGGCGACGAUGAGCUCUCGGUCGGUCUCGUAGCAGCUGAAGAGAAGACAGCCGGACGGAGAGGGGCAGUAGCCUGGGGGGGUGAGACGACCACACACACAGACACACAGACACGCACAGAGGAUGGAUGGACACCGUGUCGUCCCGCUCGCCAUUGGUUGCCCAGGUGUCUGAUUGAUGUGUUUGCCGCUUGCUUGCCUCUGGCUGAUUUGUGGGUGUAGACUGUCCGGCGAAAAGUCGACGGAAUGCUGGGGGCGGGACGAAACACACCCUGUGCGAACGAACACACAUAGAGAAGGGCGACAGACAGGAGAGCGAUCGAUCUUGUGUGUGUGCGUGGGAAAAUGCCUGUGCGUACCUCCUCCAGUGCGGUGAGCCCGUCCACUUUGCCCCUCUUGGUGUCCACGACGCGCACAUCGUCCAUCUUUCCCUCCAGCACCAUGCCGUCAUCGCCAACACCAUGCACCACGCGCCAGUGGAUCAGGCUCCCGAACUGGUCCAGACUCAUCAGCUCCACCAGCAGCCUCCCAUUGGCCGUGUGCGUGUGUGUGUGGGGGUGGCUGUCACCGAGGCACGCUGGCGACGCCAGCAGGGAGGACCCCACGACAUUGGCGAAGUGCGCGUCACUGGUGAGGGUGGGCGAGAGGAGGUGGUAGAUGUACGAGCCACCACCUGCCGUCGUGGUGGUCAGCCCGGACGACCCGCUGAUGUCACGCGGCACAGCGCCGUGGUCGUGCGCAUGAUGGUCGCUCGCUGCCGAUGCCGCUUCCCGACGGACAGCCAGCAGGAUGGAAGGCCCUCGGGCGAUUGCCACGCACAAACCACCGUCAGAGAGAGGGGCGGCCCCCUCUGGCUGCUGUGGUUGCUGUGGUGGUGGUGGUAUGAUGCAUGGCCCGACGAGCAGGUCGGCCACGGGUCCCUCGGAGCAAGGAGCGAUCUCCAGGGGCGCCGUGAUGCGGUGCUGUCUUGCUGGCAGCCAGUAGCCGUCGGCCUUCCUCUCGACGCCCAUGUCCACCUGCCACGCCAGCACCUGACCAUUGGACAAACCGCCGAACAGAGUGAGCCGCAGAGAGGGCCGCGUGUCUGCCGCCUCCUGCCGCCAGCAGAGCUCCAGUGGGGACAUCUUGAGGGCGGUCACGCGCACGUGGUGGUCUGUGGGGUGCGAGCAGGUCGCGAGGAGGCAGCCUAUCUUCAUCUUGGGUCGGCCGGGGCACACCCACCACACCACGAUGACGGCCUCGUACGCCACGGCGAACAGCACACAGGUCUCAGUGGCCAGCCAGUUGGUGCUCUGUGCCGCCGAGGGCGAUGCCGCCUCCUUGCCGAUCUCUGUCUUGACGGCUGGUGCUGCUGCUGCUGCAGGUGUUGGUGCUGGUGUGGUCAUGAAGGCGUCGAAUCCGUUAGGCGAGAAUGCGGCGAUGGGGCUGGUGGUGGAUGGGUGGACUUUGAGCCAGUCGGCCACAACGCCUGGUCCUGGUGUGGGGCCGGCGUGGGGCUGGGCGGUGUCGAAGCGAUAGAGGGGAAUGGCUGCCUUGUACUCGAGGAACUUGGAAGUCACCUCCAACACCUUCACCGGCUGCACAACAGUGAGACCAUCAUGUGUGGGUGACUGGGUGCUUGUGUGUGCGUGUGGUUGGUUGACCGACCUUGCUGACUCCAUUUGCGAGGAAUUUGCCGGGCAUGGCGUAGAGGUUGAAGGUGCCGUCGGUGGUGCCCACCCCCAGAAUGCACCCCUUGUGCAAACCCACACCAGUCGACUCGCCAUCCGCAUUCGCCUGGUGGGUGUAGCCGUGCACACGGGGCGACCACACCACGCAGUGAAACCUGCACCCAUCAACCACACACAUCAGCCACACGCAUGCACACACAGGCCGACCAGUGCACUCACUCAUUAUGCAUUCAUUCCCACGGUCGGUUACUGACCUGACUUUAUCGGCUGCUUUGACAGCGGCGAUGAAUGAGUCCUCGACGUUCUCCCACUGCUGCUGGCCCGCCUUAGACUUGGCCUUGGCCCUCGACUUGGCCUUCGCCUUUGCCGACUUGCGCCCCCUCCCGCCCUUCUUGGCACCGGCCUCCUCCUCGAGAUCUUCAUCCUCAUCGCCGCCGCCCAUCGAGUGAUCCUCCUCGUCAGCACGCAUCAUGGCGCCCGCCUGACACACAAACACACACACGUUGCAUAGAUCCCGAUGUGUCCCUGUCGUCCUGGCCACGUGUGCAUGCGACUGACCUGAUUGCUGGCGGCAACCACGUCACUGGUAGUGAGUGUGGCGAGCACCACCGAGGCCGAGGUGAACCCCGGGGACAUCCGCUCCAUGUCGAGCAUGGCGACGGGGUCGACGACCAUGACCUUGUCAUCGCUCAUGAGCGCCAGCAGGUUGUCCUCACUCACAGCCAACGCAUUCACGUGGAACGCCCUGUGCUGCGGCAGCAGGAACGAUUCCGAAAAUCGAAGCGCCCGGGGCUUCCCUCGCCGGCUCAUUGCUCCGCUGCCACUCUCUUGGUGUUAUUGCCUUCGCGGGUUC